AUGGACCCACUCAACCUCUCCGAAGAGUUCGCCGGGGCCGUCGGGCUGUCCGGCCAACUUGUCAACCUCGUCAUUCGCCUUGACCAGCGAUACAGCGUCCACCAGUCUUUCGGCGGUGUCACAUCCCUUCCCACGUCUCACAUCGACAUCUACCUCGUCAUCAGCCCAGACACCAUGGUGGACGGACCGGUCCUUGACCAAGUCGCCUAUCUGCUCCUUGCCCAUCCCGGUCGGCUCCACAUUCACUGCGGACUCACGCGGGGAAGCGUGUUCCAUUUGACAAGUCCGCAGGAUCGUAGCUGGCUCGGGUGGGAUGCUACCCUGGCCAGUAUUUCCACCGCCCAACCCGUUCACAAUUCCGACCAUCCCGCCGACAUCCACCUCUUGCUAUCUCAUCGCCUUCGGUAUCGGCUGCCGCGCGAUUGCCACCUCCUCGAUUGCGACUUCUGCGCCGGGAAACCCUUCGUCGGACCUGGCAGUGACGUUGCCCUCAGUCAGCCGCGGUCAGACCUUACUCUCGAGUGGAUCAAGGACCGCAUGUCGCGAGUGCAGAUGAUCACUAUGGGGGAGUUGGAGGCGAAGGAGUGGUAUCAGCCGUUCAAGCGGGACUGGCAUCAAUCCCAGUGGUGA